UCAUCUUUGGUCAAUAACUCAUCGGAGUAUUGUUCCUAUAAAACUUCAGUCAUCUGGUUAUUGCUGUCAAUGAUCAAGAUAGCAUGAUAAUUGAGGCAACCGAUUGUGAAGACACCGAAGAGCAUUCACACCCCACAUAUAUUCCAUCGGCUCACAGCUCAACGAUCACUGUUAUCAUUGGUAAAGAUGAGUGCUGCGCCACCCAGUAAAUAUGGCAUAGUCGUGUUCACUGGAUUCCAAGUUCUCGAUGUCUUCGGACCCUUGAGCACGUUGAAUGUGCUAUCUCGGACCAACAAGAUGCAACUUUCCAUCAUGGCCGCAACAAUGACGCCGGUUUCCUCAAACCCUGACCCAAACCCGUUCGUGUCAUCGUCCUUUGGGCAAGAGAUCGUACCAACCCACACCUUUGACGACGCGCCUGAGAUCGAAGUCUUGCUCAUUCCGGGAGGCUUCGGAACUCGCAGUGCAGACGCGAUGGGUCCUGUCAAAGCAUACAUCCGUACCGUCUUCCCCUCUUUGAAGUACGUGAUUACAAUCUGCACCGGCUCCGCGAUCCUGGCAGAGAUGGGGCUCCUAGACUAUCGGAGCGCUACCACCAACAAGAGUACCUGGGACGACGUCGUGGUGCUCGGGCCCAAGGUGAAGUGGGUGAGGAAAGCUCGAUGGGUUGUUGAUAGCACUGAGGGGGUCACGCCGGUGUGGAGUUCUUCGGGUGUGUCGGCGGGAAUCGAUGUGACGUUUGCUUUCAUUGAAGAGUUAUAUGGGGAAGAGGUAGCUAGAAAUGUCGCGAAUGUAAUGGAGUAUAGUAGGCAUUUGGACCCGAACGACGAUCCCUUUGCGCGAGUAUGGGAGAUGAAGGCAUAGCUACUUCUGACAAAUCCAUACUAUGCCCAGAGAUAUCGAGAGGAGGGUCGAGGAGGUCGAGGCCAAGCAGAGCUUCACUGCCUACGAGGUCGAGAGGAUUGGAAUAAUUGUAAGACGUCGCUUAUUUAGGUUUGUGUGAGCCAGGCAUAGCUAUAGUUAAU